CGGUCCACGAUGCAUGCUGCAGCAGCCCGCGUGCUCCGCCAGGAACCAAGUUGAAGGGAGCCCGGAGAGCCGUUGCCAUCAGGGCAUACAAAAGUCUGGGCUCUCCUGAGCAAGCCCGGACCAUUCCAUUCCCAUCCUCCGACAUAUACAUAAUUAAUUAAUCCAUCAAUACAGAUACAACAGCCAUGGAACCAGGCACGUACAUCUCAAUCGCACAGAUUGCCUUCGAGGGGGCGUGUCUCGCCGUCAAGACAUUCCGGCACGGCCUCCACUUCAGCGAGGAUGCCGAGCGGCUGGUGCUCGCCCUCGAAGUCGAGCGAUUCCGCCUGCACAUCUGGGGCGAGAACGCAGGGCUCGCGCCUCCCGACGGGCAGCGCGCGACACUACCGGAUCGGCUGGUGCCCAUAUGUGGAAUCCUGAAGGAAUACCUCUCGCAGAUCGAGAACCAGUUCCAGAACGCCGAUGUUAUGAGCAGCCGCUACGGGCUGGUAGUGACCGAGGCGCCGCCGACCAAGUCCGCGCUGGUCCGGCAGCUGGUCGAACGGAUGCAGCGGUCCAUCCACACGUCCGGAAGGAGUGGAAUCAGACUGUCAGGAGUCAGCAAGAGCGAAGAAGAUGGCGACGAUGAUGAGAAGUGGGAAGGCGAUGCAGACGCCGCGAACCUGGAUCAUCCUCCGGAAAGGACGGAGAGAAGAAAGACGUCGACGUGGAAAAAGGUGCGGUGGGCGGUCCGGGAUCUCGACAAGUUCGACAGCCUCGUCAAGGACCUGGCCCAGCGCAUCAACAAACUCAACGAGCUCAUGACGGAGACGCAGCUGCGCAAAACGCGCGAGGACAACUACCGCGUCAACAUGGUGGUCGUGGGUAGCGCCGUCGACGAGGCCUCGCUGGAACUGAUCCGCGCCGCCGUGCGCGGGCAGCCCGACACCUCCCAGGUGCGCGCCGCCGUCGAGCGCAAGGCACUGACAGUGGCCGGCAGCAGCCCCUCGGCAUCGUCCCGUAGCGCCGCUGCCGUGAACACGUCGCGCUUGCAGGCCCUGUCGCUCGACGAGUUCAUCCUUCCCAGCGGAUUCGCCGACCUGAAGCGCUUCAUCACCUUCAAGCACUCGGACUCCUGCGGCUCGGCCGCCUACGGCGGUCCCUACCUCCUAGAGCGCAAACCCUUCGACGCCAGCAUGCUGCCCGCCGACAUGGCCGUCCUGACCAGUCGCAUCCAGCGCCUGGUGCUGCUCCUCCAGAAACCCAAAACCCCGGACUUCCGCACCCCGCACGCCGAGGGCUGCAUCCGCGACCCGACCAACUCCUGCUGGUGGAUCGUCUUCCGCUACCCUCCCCCCUUAUUACCAUCAUCAGCAUCAGCAUCUCCCCAACAACAACAACAACAACAACAACAACAACAACAACAACAACAACAACAACCAGACCUCCUUCGCCGCCAGCUACUACUACUACUACGCUCCUCCUCCACCAAGGGCGGCGCCCCGAUCUCCCUCCUGACCCUCCUCCAACCCUCCGCCCGCUUCCGCCCGCCCCUGGAACAGCGCGUCCGCCUGGCCAGCACGCUCUGCACCACGCUCUCGGAACUCUACCUCUCCGGCUGGCUGCACAAGGGCGUGCGGGCCGAGAACAUCCUCUUCCCGCUCGCGGGGGUGUCACUAUCCUCCUCCUCCCCACCACUCCCCUUAUUAGAAAAAGAAGAAGAAAAAGAAAAAGAAGAAAAAAUGCAGCGCAUCCUCGCUUCCCCCCUGAUCGCCGGGUUCGACUACUCGCGACACGAGACGGAGCGCGCCACGAUCGACCGCGCGAGGAGGGGGGUGGGCGGCAAUAAUGCGGUGGCCGCGGCCUUGUACAGGCACCCGAGCUACCAGGGCGAGGCGGCGCAGGGGUAUCGGGUGCAGUAUGAUGUCUACUCGGUCGGGUUGGUGCUGGUGGAGAUUGCGCUUUGGAUGCCGCUGGCUUCGUUCCUGGAUGCGAAGAAGAAGAGGGUUGAUCAUCAUCACGCGAGUGGUGGUGGUGGUGGUGCGGCGGCGGUGACGAGGGAUUUGGUGGCUGCUUUGCAGUUGGGUGCUAGCAGUGCUGGUAAAGUGGGUGAUGGUGACGGUGGUGGUGGGAGUGUGGAGUUGUCGGGCGACAUGAAGGUGUUUCAUGAACCGCAUGCCUUGGAGCUGAAGAAACGGGUGACGGCCAGGGUGGAGGCCGAGUUGGCCUUUCGGGUUGGAUCGCCGUUCUAUCGGGCGGUCAAGUUCUGUUUGGAGUUUGCGGGCAGGAAUAACGGAGAGGAGGUGGAUGAUCCGGGCGAGGUCGGUGUGCAUCCGGCGAUGGAGUUCUACGACAAUGUGGUUGUGCCAUUGGCUGGGCUGGCUUCGAAUUUACAAGACUAGGUACCUACCAAGGUGAGAAUGAUUCGAUGGAGAUUGCGCAGCUGCAAAUCAGACUCUAGAAGCGUAAGCACCGCAUGAGAGCGUGGGAAGUAUUAGAUGCUCAUCGGGCAUAGGGAGUACGAUGUAUGUUUACUCAAUACAACAGAGUGGACUGUGGUCCCACAACAUAUCGAAUGUACAAAUGGCCAUGACUCACUCAGCUACAAGUGGAUUUUUCUACUGCUGCCUAGCUGCAUGCUACGCGGCCAUCUGCGAAACGGAUACGGAAGAGCUGAAUACCAGC